UAUUGAGUUAUCUGUCGCUGUCGUUUCGUUUUCGUUGCAUAUCGGGGCAUGGGAAUGAGGAUUUGGAGAAAUAUUAUAUUUUAUCCCUGCUUACAACUAGGAAAUUCUCCUUUGGGGAUUAAUUAUUAGAGUUAAUUUGUUAAUAAUUAUGUUUAGUUUAAUGUUACGGUUAGCACUAAGAACUAGAAGGACAGUGUCGAAGUGUGAGUGAAGUGUUUGCGGGAUGAUUGUUAUCAAAUCUAUGUGAAUUCUACACAAAUCAUGUGAAUUAUUGUAAACACUGUCUAAUUAUAGCCAAAGGCGUUAUGAGCCGCGUUUGUGUUUGUGUCCAGUGAAUUAAGUACAUUAUUUAAAAAUGAAUGAGAAGAAAACGGAGAAAACCUUCAAGAGCUACAUCAAUGUAUCUCCAUCAAAGAAUAAUGGAGACAGAAAUGGAUCAGUUCAAGAAGUGAAGCCCAAACUGCUAAAUGGUGAGCUGAUAGUGGGCGCGGCGCACAGCGUGGUGCUCCUGGCGCCGCUCAGCGACCGCGACCACGGCCGCUUCGGCUCGCUGUUCGUCACCAACUACAAGCUCGCGUUCGUGCCGCUCGAGAAGUCGGUCGACGAUGAAUGCAGCCAACGCAACCACCUCCUCGGUCCCUACGAAGCGGCACUCACGAGCGUGGGCGCCGUGUGGCUCACGGACGGAGGGCCGGUGCGCCGGCGGCGGUUACUGCCCAAGGGAGACAUGCCGGGGAAGGUUAAAGGACUACAAGUCAUAUGCAAGAAUAUGAAAGUCCUCACAUUCAGUUUCGCCAACUCGCCAAUCGGCCACGGCCGGAAAGUCGCCAUGGCGCUCAUCCACCACGCCUUCCCAAAGCGUCACGACCUGCUCUUCGCCUUCGAAUACAAGGAACCUUACUACCCCACCUUACCCUCUGACUUAAACAUGUUCAUUCGACCGGCGGAUUGGAAGAGGGAAUUAGAAAGAUGUGAAUGUCCUCAUUGGAGGAUAACUUGUAUCAACGGGACGUCGGAUGCCUUCAUGUUGACGGCGGGAGAGACGCUGAUAGUGCCUAGUUCUGUGCUGGACUAUAAUCUCAUGGAGAGCGCGAGGCAUUUCAGAUCAGGACGGGUGCCAGUAUGGGUGUGGGGCAGGAGCGCUGGAGCCGCGCUGCUGAGGAGCGCGGAGUUACUACCUACGGAGCAAGCUGCGACCGCAGAGAGCGUGCUGCUCGAACAGGUCCGACGCUCCCACCCCAAGCUGACCCCGCCGCACGUGAUCUACCUGUGCGGGAACAGCUUCCAACAGCCAAGCAACGCCGCGGGCCCCAAUAAUGCCUCAACUCCACUGCCGACGUUAGGGGCGCUUCAGGCCUCAUACAAGAAACUAGUCGAGUUGUGUACGCCGACGACGUUAGGCGGAUUCUGGGUGCAAGAUUCACAAUACUACUCGCUGAUGGAGGCGAGCCGGUGGCUGCGUCACGUCGGCAGCUGUGUCGCGUUCGCCGACUCGGCGGCCAAGCACCUCGGUGACAACGUUACCGUCGUGCUGCAGGAAGGUGACGGCGUAGACUAUUGCGCGGUGGUGUCGUGCCUGACGCAGCUGCUUCUGGACCCACACUUCCGCACUAUAUCGGGCUUCCAGUCGCUCGUACAGAAGGAAUGGGUGGCGCUGGGGCACCCGUUCUGCGACAGAUUCGGGCUCCCCCGGCCCGGGAACCCCAAAGAUACCAAAGACACCUCCGCCGCCCAGACAGCGCCGGUCUUCCUACUCUUCCUGGAUUGCACGUGGCAGCUGCUGCAGCAGUUCCCUGACAAGUUCCAGUUCUCGGAGACGUACCUCACCACGCUGUGGGACUGCGCGCACAACCACCUCUUCGACACGUUCCUGUUCAACUGCCCGAGGGACCGCGAGCUCGCCGUCGCUAAGAAUUUCGUCCAAAGGCCGGUUUGGGAUUGGGGCGAGCAGUUCUCAGAGAAGGACAAGGCGUUGUUCUACAACCCUCUUUACAUGUCGGAUAAACCAGUUAUCACACCAAAGCAAAGGAUAUCAACCUCAUCGAUGGCCGGCAAACCGUCCGAGCUGCAGCGACUAGAACCUUGCACGUCCGUGGCCGGCAUGGAGCUGUGGUCGCAGUGCUACGAGCGCUGGCUGCUGCCACUAGACGCGCCGUACGCCGGCCCCGUGCAGUACCACAUAUUCAACUAUUCUGUUCUCGCCGAGAUACAACGACUAAACGAGAAGCUGUCUUCCCUGUCGAUAAUGAGCAACCGGCAGUCCAACGGCGACUGGGCCGAGCCCACACGCCCCGCCGCCGUGUCUCGCUUCUUCCCCUUCAGCGUGGCGCGCGGCAACUCGCGCAGCACGCUCGACUGUAUGCAGGUGAGCCUCAUCGACGCCUCACAGCUCCUGGACUCCCAGUCUCUACUCAACGCCCCAGACUAAUUCCCCAAAUCAUCUGUAAGUUGCUAGAAAAUGUGCUUUAUGUAUACAUUUCCAUGUUUGCGGAAUAUAUAAGCGAAAGGUAGAGGAUGUCAUUAUGCAAUAUGAACUUAUUCAACGUAACGUCAUCUUAGUUGGUUAGGGUUUUUGAUCCUUAAACUAACCUAAAGGACACUUAUAUUGAUGCAGUCAGAGUGCUAAAAUUGUGUCAUGUCUUGGCACUCUAUCCGUGUCGUUAUUAAUGGUACCUGUAUUCAUUUCACCCAUAAACUACUAUUAUCGAAAAGGUUUUCCAGUAUCUAGUUUGUAUCAAGGCGCCAUUUCAGUUAGUAUUAUUAUUUUGUGUAUUACAGUUGUAAACAUGUAUAAAAUUGUCCGUAGUUAUGCAGAAAACGACUUACUUUAUUUUUGUAUGAAUCCCCUGUAUUCAAGACUAGCCAAGAUGACAAUCGAUUGCAGAAAAACGCUAAGAUAAACGUAAAUAAUGGACGGAAAAGAUAACCCAUCGUUUCCUUUUCUACAAAAGAUUGUCAUAUUGGCUAGGCCCCAAAAAGCGUCAUAACGAAUUAAAGUAACGUUUAAAUUGGUUCCUUUCUGCAGACCUACAGUUUAACAUGCUUUUAAAGAACAAACAGUUUGUUUUUAUUAACACUUUUGUAUUUUAGCCAUUUUAUCAUAAUUUGAUAGAAGAAAUAUAAAUAUAAUUUAACGAAAUAUAUGUGUAUUUUUUUAUUUUUGCAAUGACAUACAUAAUGCAAGCGGUGUAAAUAGUCUUAGAAUUAUAAUAUGUAUAUGUAAAUUAGUGAAACUGUCAUAUCAGUAAAGAGCAAAUUCUAACAAGUUAUAUAAUGGCCUUAGGUAUAGUUUUUAUAAAUAUAGUGAGUGUGAAUUAUUUUUUUAAGUUAUCUUAUGCUACGAAUCGAUUAUAUUGUAAUAUUCCAUUGAACAAAAUAGUGAUAUUUUUAUAUUUGUGAAGUGGUAAAUUGUGUAGCCAUUAUUUUCUUAUAUUUAAAGAUAGAUAUAUAAUAAAAGAGACUUAUUGAGUAUAUUUAAAUAAAGCCAAAAGUGGCUUUUAGUAUUUCGGUCGUUAUUAUGACAUACUAUUUUAGCGCUACAAGGAAAAAAAUAAAA